AUGGAGCUGCGUCGUCUCACCGCCACGCUAUUGGGCAUCGCCGUUGCGGCAAUUAUCAUCGCUUUGGCCAUUCCGCACUGGGGCUGCGGCAACCUCAUCGAAGAUUGUCCCCGAGGCUAUGACCGUGACGCCAUAAUUGCAGUGGCCGCCCUUCUCAUAAUUGACGUUCGUUUGGUUGGUGCUGGCUCCACUCGACAAACAAGGGUCCUGAGUGUGAUGUAUUGA